AUGGGAUCCUCAAAUUCUCUUAUUCUUACAUUAUUCUUAAUUCUAGUAUCAAAUUCAUGGGCUGACACUUCACAAUCAAUUCAAGAAAAAUUCUAUACGUGCAUUUCUCUCAAUUCCGAACUUUCUGUCCCGUUUUCAACAGCUUUCUAUGCCCCUGACAAUGCUUCAUAUAGUCCCAUCCUGGAAUCUUCUGCGAUGAAUUUAAGGUAUCUGAUGCCUUCUGUGCAGAAACCUCAGCUGAUCUUCAACCCAUUAACAGAAAAUCAUGUUCAGACCGCUGUUCAAUGCGUAAAAGAGGUUGGGAUUCAGCUUAGAGUCCGAAGUGGAGGCCAUGAUUAUGAAGGCCUCUCGUACAUGUCACAAAUGGAACAACCUUUUCUCCUUGUAGACCUAUCGAGACUCCGGAAUGUCCAUGUAGAUAUACAGGACAACAGCGCGUGGGUGCAAGCUGGUGCUACUGUUGGUGAGUUUUAUUACAGAAUUUCACAGAAAAGUAAAAAUCAUGGAUUCCCAGCAGGACUUUGCACCAGCUUAGGAAUUGGAGGGCACAUAACUGGAGGAGCAUAUGGAUCCAUGAUGAGGAAAUAUGGCCUCGGAGCUGACAAUGUUGUCGAUGCACGAAUAGUUGAUGCAAGCGACGAUGAGAAAAUCUUAAAGCCUCGACCCACUGACACUAUCAAUAUUCAAACUCUCAAACGCAUGAAAAUCUAUAAAAUUCAAGGACAAUGGGUGGCUAAUACUAAAGGCUUUGACCUCGCCUCGGGACAUUUGACACUUACAUUCGAGGAGGAAAAGGAAGACGACGACAAUCCAUUACCUACACAUCCUCCUCACCCUCUGACAUCCAGUGGUCCAUCAUCUUCUUUAUGUGGAUUCACCUUUACUGAGGAUCAGUAUAAUCUUCUCAAUGGGCAACUCGGCUCACUCACGUCUUCAGUUGAUGGGCUUAGUGGUCUUCUUCAUCAUGUUCAGUCAAAGCUGGCCAUAAUACAGGCUCAGUAG